AUGCUCGACUUCGAUUGGCACAUCGGCACCCCACGCCUCUACAUUUCCCAUCUCAACCCUUCCAACGAUGUGCACUGCGAUUUCUUGAUCGAGUACAUGAAAAACCGGGAAUUGGACUCUAAACUGGAAGACAUGUCACGAAGCAUGUCAAAGCGAGAGGCGAUUGCCAAGUUGCAGAUUGAGCCACGCAUGGCGCGGAUGGAAGCAUCGGGUUGGGGAAGAUAUCUUGUGUCCCUUAAACCUCCUUCAACCGACGAAAAUGAUGUAGACAAGCCAUUUUCGGAGCGCCGUUUCGAACCAGUCGGCUGCGUCACUAUGCAACUUGCUCGUUUUCCAGGCGGGCCGACAGUUCCGGAUAUUGGCUUCUCUUUCCUUGACCGUUACCAAGGAAAAGGAUACGCGACUGAAGCUGCCCAGAGGUUGAUGAAAUACUUUGAAGAAGAAAGAGGUCAGAAGGGCUUUCUAGGUGUCACCGAUCUGGACAAUGAGAAUGCGAAAAAGAUGUUCCGUAGACUGGGAUUCAAGGACAGGGGAGUUAGGGAUGUAAAUGGGCUUAUUGAAGGGAAACCUCUCACUUCGUCGAUUUGGAGUCUGGGCUUGGAAGGAGAUUUAGAGCAGUAUGGCUUCGAUCCCCAGUAA